CCGCCGCCGCCACUCCUCACCCUCUCCCAAACCCUACCCGCACCCCCGCCGCCGCCGCCAUGCCGCCGAAGCUCGACCCGUCGCAGGUGGUGGAGGUCUUCGUCCGCGUGACGGGCGGCGAGGUCGGCGCGGCGUCGUCGCUGGCGCCCAAGAUCGGCCCGCUCGGUCUCUCUCCGAAGAAGAUCGGAGAGGACAUCGCCAAGGAGACGGCCAAGGACUGGAAGGGCCUCCGCGUCACCGUCAAGCUCACCGUCCAGAAUCGCCAGGCCAAGGUCUCCGUCGUGCCCUCCGCCGCCGCGCUCGUCAUCAAGGCGCUCAAGGAGCCCGAGAGGGACAGGAAGAAGGUAAAGAACAUCAAGCACAGCGGCAACAUCAGCCUCGACGACGUCGUCGAGAUCGCCAGGACCAUGAGGCCCAGGUCCAUGGCCAAGGAGAUGGCCGGGACCGUCAAGGAGAUCCUCGGCACCUGCGUCAGCGUCGGGUGCACCGUCGACGGCAAGGACCCCAAGGACCUGCAGCAGGAGAUUGACGACGGCGAGGUCGAGAUCCCCUCAGCUUAAAAGGCUAAGGAGAUUGUCAUUGAUGCUGCUGAAGUGGUGUUUUGUUCUGCAUGCUGUUGAUGUACCUUACCAAACAAUUUGAUUCCACCUUUUUUUUGUGUAGCUCUAUUAGUGUUGCCCUGCGAGAGAACUCAAUGUUAUUACCGCAUCCUUUUCCAUUGGGAGUCUGGAAUGGAGAGUUUCAAACGCAUCUGCAGCUUACAUCUCCUGUUUUGGUGUUUGUUUCA